AUGGAUCGAUGCGCCGCAGCAUGCGCCACGCUCACCCCAGUUCAUGAAAUUGCGGUGGAGCGUGCCGAAAUUGUGCCAGGCUGUAGAGCAAGUUCGCUGCAUUCGACCGUUAGUUCAGAACCCCAGAGAAUGUCAUCACCGGGUUCAUCGCAUUCCAGUGUCUACAGCCAAACUGUCAUCUAUGUUCCAUGUGCUCCAGAUGUGUGCUGGAACAGGUUGAGAACUGUAGUGCUAGCGAUACGCUCCACGCGAGAGAUUUUGGAGGAACAAAGACGGCAGUUACAAGAAGGUGGCCAUCUUUACCACCUCGUUAAAGCACACAAAUAUGUUCACGAAAUCCAGAAUCUCCGCAUUGCAAUCAGUCGUCGGCAUAAGGCAGUGGAGCACCUGAAGAGGAUAUGUACGAAGAAGCGCCUUAGCGUUGUAAAAGCAAACGAGGAUGUUGAGGAGAAGAAAGCCCAAGAGGACUUGCGAGAAGGACUGUUAACUUUACGUAUGCACUGCGAUAGUGGAACUUCUACCCUCGACUCUAGAAUAAAAGUGCUAAAUGUGUUUACGCAUGCGACUGUAAUGAGACGACGAGUUUUACUUAUAGAAGUUUCGGACAUCUUGCAUAUGGUCGUCCGCUUGAUCUCUUCAAACGAUGAUGAUGAUGAUGAUUGUUUAAGUAUUCACGAAUCAGAAUCUAGUUUAAUGGAUUUGAUAAGUUCCCAUGAGAGUGUGGAGGUUUCAUCUGCUCUUGGUCAUGUAGUGCACUUUCUUUUGAGCAUCUCGCAAUUGUUAGAUUAUACGCUUCGGUACCCCCUACAGUCGUGUGCAUCCACAUCUUCCAUCUACUGUCCCAAGAAGAACAAGAGUUUACCUUUGUACUGGACGCGUUGGCGCUCUGGUAGGGAGAAUUUCGAGAAUGCUGUUUCUUUGCUUGGCAAGAAUAUUGCACAAAUACAAGAAGAUAACGGCUUUUCACUCGCUAGACUAAGUAUAGUUUAACAUGCAUGAUACCGAUCACUUGUAUCACUUGUUGAUUGUGGUUAAAGAUUGCCAGAUUGUACUUCCUACUUCGUCUCCAUCAACCUAUAAGCUGAUGAUCCUGGUCUCGCCCGGUACCUCCUUAUUCGCGGAACAGAUCGGAAU